AUGCCCGGACACCAGAACAAGCACGCCGAGGACGUGGCCCACGUCCCUCCCCAGCUCUCCGACCUGCACUGCUUCACCGAAACCGAGGGCGUCAUCACCACCACCAUGAUGGAUCUUCCCGGGUACCGCGUCGUCCAGGUGCUAGGGACCGUGUACGGCAUCACGGUCCGCAGCCGCAACUUGGCCGCCAGCCUGGGCAUGAUACUCAAGAGCCUCGCGGGCGGCGAGCUCCGCUGGUUCACGUCGAUGCUGUACAGCUGCCGCAACGACUCCAUCAGCCGCGUGGUCGACGAGUGCAAGCGCCGCGGGGGGAACGCCGUCAUAUGUCUGCGCUUCGAUGCCGGGGACAUGGGGGGCUUUGCGCAGACGGCUGCGUAUGGCACGGCCUGCGUGGUGGAGAAGGUGGAUGACGGGGUCAAGGCGCCUCCUCAGCUGGCGUAG